UUGCAAACGACGACCACGUACCACCGCUACAACCACCUCUAUUGUCGAGUCAAACAUGGCCGAAGAGGGCGAAGAUGUAAAGCCGAAACUCAACGUGGUCAUUGACUAUGAGGGCCAGACAUGUACAGUGAAGGUCAAGCCGGUGACACCGUUUGCGAAAGUAUUUAGCGCCGCCGAAAAACGAUUCAACAAAGAGCCAGGAACGCUCAGGUUUGUAUUUGAAGGACAGAGGGUCCUCGAACAGAUGACUCCAGCAGAGUUGAACAUGGAGGAUGGGGACACGAUUGAUGCUCAAUUGGAGCAGCUGGGCGGCGGCCAAGCUGAAUUCUCAUUUACAUCGACAUAGCCCAUCGCUCGUGUCGCCGGCUGUCCCUCGCCUCGUUGUCGUUAUCGUACUUUUGCCCUCGGCUGUAUACUCUUUACACUUAUGACUCCUUAUUUUGGGUUUCACGCGAUAUCAUUGAGCUCCUCAAACGUUUUCUCAGUUCAGAACUGGGAUGUGAGCGUGCUGUUUGGUCCUG